UUGUGUUGUAUGUUACAGAGAAUCUAAGAUAACACUAUUUUGCUAUUCUUAACUAAUCACAUUUUGUCGUAGCGUGAUAUAGAUUCCACUUAUUAGAACGUGAUUGGAUGGAGAGAUCCAGUGAUAUCUCCGUUACUACAUGCAAGUUCUUCUCAUAUUGUUGAGACGAGGGUUAUAUUUCCGAGAGAUUCUACAGUCUCAACAAACUGCUUGCUAUGUAAGUAUUAGCCGCGGCUUUCAACGGCUACAAGUAAGACCACGUGUGGAAACCGGUGGUUCAACGGUGUAGAACCAAAGCCUAGAGCCAAAGCCGCAGCAGCCGCCUGAAGAUUCUCAAAACGGACAGCAGCAUACGUGUCACUUCCACUGCCGUUAGAUCCAACACCCCACACUCCAAUCCAACAACCCAAAACCGCCCCCCUAACUCACAACGUAUCGAGAAACAACCGGCCCAGAACGAUCCACGUGUCGCUCCCGAUGCAUUAUUACCCCUCUAGAUCCAACGGACCCCAACACCGCUGCCUCUCCUCCCUCAUCGCUCUCCGACGCAGUCCAUCCGAUACGCCCAAGAACCCCGAUAUGGCCGAUUCGGACAACGACUCGGGCGGGAACAACGACGGCAGCCAAGCACAGAGCGGGGAGCUGUCGGCGCGUGAGCAGGACCGAUUCCUGCCGAUCGCUAACGUGAGCCGGAUCAUGAAGAAGGCGCUGCCGGCGAACGCGAAGAUCUCGAAGGACGCGAAGGAGACGGUGCAGGAGUGCGUGUCGGAGUUUAUCAGCUUCGUCACCGGAGAGGCCUCCGACAAGUGCCAGAGGGAGAAGAGGAAGACGAUCAACGGCGACGAUUUGCUCUGGGCGAUGACGACGCUAGGGUUCGAGGAGUACGUGGAGCCGCUCAAGGUUUAUCUGCAGAAGUAUCGGGAGCUGGAGGGCGAGAAGAUCACCAUGGGCGGCAGAGACAAGGAUAGUGCCGGCGGCGGCGGUGGGGGGGCUUCCGGUGGAGGUGUAAGCUCUGGGUCAAGCGGCGGCGGUGGUGGGUAUAAUGGGGUUUAUGGUGGAAUGGUGAUGAUGGGUAAUCAUCAUCAUCAGGGACACGUGUACGGUUCUGGUGGUGGGUAUCAACAACAUCAUAUGGGUAUGGGAAGUGGCGGAGUUAGGGUUGGGAAUAGUGGAGGUUCAGGUGGUGGUGGUGGAAAUGGUGGAGCUUCAGUUGUGAGGUGACUCGGGUCAAUGCAGGUGCUAUGCUCGGUUGCUUUACUUAGGGAUGAUGAUUAUGAUGAUAAAUGACUGUUAAUCUUAAUUUAGGUGGGUUAAUUCAAUUUUCUUGAGUUCUAUAUAGAUGUGUGUCUGUGUGUAAGUGUAAUUGUGGGAAAAGGAAAGGGGUAUAGUGGGAAAGGACAAAUGUAUGUAUCAUAUUGAUUCUCAUGUAGAUAGUUUUGAUUAAA